GUACACCCUUGGGGUGCCAAGCAUGGCUGGCAGGUUGGUGACAUCAUCGUGGAUAUCGCUGGGCAGCCCGUGAGCUCCUUCGAGCAGCUCUGGGAACGUAUUCAGGUGGAGCGAAACCGGCCUCCGGUGAGAUUUACGGUGGAGCGCUGGAAUGUCCAGACAACUGCAGAGGAGGAGGCGGUAAUCGCGGCGCAGGAUCCAGAUGUACAGCUCAAAAAGCAGAAGAAGCUAGUAGCAGAGGAUCGGGAGCAGAGGUCAAAGUCGCGGAUUGCCAGCAAGCAGCAGCAGCAGACCCCUCCAACCACAGCCUCGGACAAGCCCACAGCUUUUCCCAGGACUUUGGGACCUAAUGCCUUACCCGGCAUGGCGUACGGCUGGGACGACUAUGACGAAGAAGAGGAAGAGGAGUAUGAUGAGUAUUCCGACUACUCUGAAGACGACUCCCGUAUACGGCAGUCCACAACCUCCAGCUUUCCAGCGGGGAGGUAUAAGUCCCGCUUCACUGCAAAUUUCGAGGUUAUUAAGAAAGACACCCCGGAGAUACAGGAGGAUCCACCCAAAGAAGGUGAGCCAUCAAACACCGGCCCCGAAGAAGCAAAGACGAUCGCAGAACGCUUCUUCCCAAAGGACAUGGAGCGCCGAACGUACGAGAAGAACAAAGUCGUCUUCACCCGUGAUGCCUGGGGGCGCUCGGUUGUGAGAGUUAUGAACCCAACGCACCGCGGUGACUAA